AUGGUUCGAAUUGGCCUUACCCAUCGAAUUAGCAACCAUUUGAGUUCUAGAGGAGGAAAUGGAUCGAUCGACCACAGUCGAAGUGGAAGCCCGACAAGGCAGGCCAGUGUCGGAGAUUCGAAGCCUCUGACGCUCAAAGUUAAUGUCAUUAAGGGCCGCAACCUGGCAGCUAAGGAUAGAGGAGGAACGAGUGAUCCAUACCUUGUCGUCACACUUGGAAGUGCAAAGCAGUCGACCCCAACCAUCAACAAGACCUUGAAUCCAGAAUGGAAAACAUGCUUCGAUAUGCCGUUGACUGGAGUACCGCUGGUGGAAUGUAUUUGCUGGGAUAGAGACCGCUUUGGAAAAGAUUACAUGGGUGAAUUUGAUAUUGCUGUGGAAGACAUCUUUGCGGAUGGCCAAUUACACCAAGAACCAAAGUGGUUCCAGCUGAAAUCUCGACGCAAGGGGGGUAAGAAGAGCAGCGAGGUAUCAGGCGAAGUGCAGAUCCAAUUCUCCUUGAUCGACGCCGCAAAUCCUACAGCAAGCCCCGAAGAGAUCUACCUCAAAUUCAGAUCGACAAUACUGGCAGCUGAUGGGGACUCGGACGAGGGCCUGUCACCGAUGCCCAGCCAUGAGGGAAACGUGGACCAGGACAGCGAUGCUGAUAACGAUGACGGAGAUGCGGUGGACCAGACUGGAAAAGAUGAGGAGACUUCGGAUGAGACCGAGGAUCAAACAAAACCUGAUCUUGAAAAGAAGAAGAAAAAGAGGAAGCUGAAGAUGCUUCGGAGAAAGUCCAGAGCAAUUAGAGCAUAUGAAUUUACUGGCAAGGACAGUGAUGUUUCGGGAAUCAUAUUUCUUGAGAUCGUCAAAAUCACUGACUUACCUCCAGAGAAGAACAUGACGAGGACCUCUUUCGAUAUGGAUCCUUUCGUCGUGACAGCUCUGGGACGGAAAGUCAUGAGGACCAAAGUCGUGAGGCAUAAUCUCAAUCCAGUAUACAACGAGAAGAUGGUUCUUCAAGUGAUGCGCCACGAGACUGCAUAUUCUAUAUACUUCUCGGUCAUGGAUCGUGAUACGCUUACCGGCAAUGAUUUUAUAGCUUCCACGAACUUUCCUGUACAACGACUAGUGGCAGCUGCGCCAGAAGCCGACCCGGCGACAGGUCUUUACAGAUUACCCGAACCUGUGGAGUCUUCUCCAGCACUCCCAAAGGAAAACAGAUCUCGCUUCAGGCUACCACUUUCGCGAUCGGCCUCCUCGUCGAGCUUGUCAAAGCUAACAAGACCUGCUCUUAAAUCGAACAAUUCUCAGAACUCAUUGUCAAGCUCGUCACAAUUGGACCUUCAGGACCGGCAGACCACAAGUCUAGCACCCACAAAUAUAGCACCCACCAGUACCCCUUCAGAGCCACCCAGCUUCCCGCGCAUGAACAGCAGCGGUGAGGGUGAAGCUGCCCAGCAAAACCCUGAAGAUCCUGAUCUGCUCCCUCUCGUCAUACCGCUGACGUUAAAGAAUAAGGAGCGUUGGGAAGACAAGCACUUCCCAGAACUGUACAUCACUGCAAAGUACCUGCCCUAUCGCGCCUUACGCCAGCAAUUUUGGAGGGCCAUGCUUAAGCAGUAUGAUGCGGAUGACAGUGGACGUGUCAGCAAAAUUGAACUUACUGCCAUGCUAGAUACUCUUGGCUCCACCCUGAAGGAGAGCACUAUCGACAGCUUUUUCCACCGCUUUGCUGAAGAGAACGAGUCAGCUGAUUCUUUGGACCUGACUUUCGACCAAGCAGUCAUAUGCUUGGAGGAGCAGCUACUAAAGGCUACGCAGAAGGCAACUAUUAGACAAAAAAUCAAUGGACUCGGCCAUCAUAUCCGGGAAGCAACGCUUGCCAAUGGAGAACAUGAAAAUGGCCUCAAGACGAAAGCCGAAGGCAACAAGCACGACUCAACUAAUGUGGAGCCAGAUCGAUCUGCUAUUCCUGUCAUCGACCAGGACUCUACUGGUAAGUUGGGAGAAGAGGGCCAUCUUCUUGAUGAAGAUGACCUCGCGGAUGAAGGCGGCGAAGAACAUGUCAUUGAGAUCCGUGAGUGUCCAUUGUGUCAUCAGCCACGCAUGGGCAAGAGAUCAGAUGCAGAUAUCAUCACCCAUAUUGCAACAUGUGCCAGCACGGACUGGCGGCAAGUGAACAAUCUUGUCAUGGGUGGAUUCGUCACCUCGAGCCAAGCACAACGGAAGUGGUAUUCGAAGGUGAUCACGAAAAUAUCCUAUGGCGGUUAUAAAUUGGGAGCAAAUUCUGCGAACAUCCUCGUUCAGGACCGCAUUACUGGCCAGAUCAACGAAGAGCGCAUGAGUGUCUAUGUGAGACUUGGUAUCCGACUAUUAUACAAGGCAAUGGGCAGCAGGGAGAUGGAAAAGAAGCGGAUCCGGAAAAUGCUCAGAUCCCUCAGCUACAAGCAAGGGAGGAAGUACGAUGAUCCCGCCUCGGCCAGUCAAAUCGAAGCUUUCAUCGCCUUUCACCAGCUUGACAUGUCGGAGGUGCUGCUUCCGUUGGAACAAUUCAGAACUUUUAAUGAAUUCUUUUACCGUGCUCUGAAACCAAACGCACGGCCAUCCUCUGCACCAGACGACCCCAGGGUUAUAGUUUCUCCAGCCGACUCCCGCACUGUCGUCUUUGAUAGAAUGGAUGACGCUACUAGGAUUUGGGUCAAGGGCCGCGACUACUCCGUUGAUAAGCUUCUUGGCGAUGCUUAUCCUCUGGAUGCCAAACGAUAUAAGAACGGUGCUUUGGGCAUUUUUCGACUGGCGCCACAAGAUUACCAUCGAUUCCACAUACCUGUAGAUGGAACGCUGGGAACGCCAAAGCUCAUUGAGGGUGAAUAUUAUACGGUCAACCCCAUGGCUAUCAGGUCGGCACUGGAUGUGUACGGUGAGAAUGUCAGAGUCAUCGUGCCAAUCGACUCGGUGGCCCAUGGCAGGGUCAUGUAUAUCUGCAUUGGUGCAAUGAUGGUUGGAAGCACAGUAAUCACCAGGAAGGCUGGCGAGAAGGUCAGGCGAGCAGAGGAACUGGGCUACUUCAAAUUCGGAGGCAGCACUAUUCUUCUCCUUUUCGAACCAGGCUCGAUGAAGUUUGACGACGACCUUAUCGAGAACUCCAACGGCGCCUUGGAGACUUUAGUGAGACAAUCUCCCGCUGAAUUUGAUUCUGAGACUGACAUCUUUCAGGUUCGGGUUGGCAUGUCUAUUGGUCAUCAUCCUUCGGCAGGGCCUUUUACUCCAGACAUGAAGAAGAACGAAGAGAAUAUCACAAUAGAAGACCGACAGGAAGCUAAACGGAGGAUCGAGGGAAGCCUAGCUCCGGAAGCCUAG